GUCGGGCCGGGGGUGGAGCUGCGGGCUGGCGGGUCGGGGUGAGGGGAGCCCUCCCCUUCCCUUCUUCCCUUCUCUUUUUCCUUCCCUUCCCUGCUGAGCCGAGCCGAGCCGAGGAAGGCGCCCGUCCUGUGCCGCCCUCAGCAUGGUCUGGAAAACUCUGCCGCUGCUCUGUGCCCUGCUGGCCGCCGCCCGGCUGCGAGCGGAGGAAGAGCCCAGGAGCAAAUCGAAAAUCUGCGCCAACGUCUUCUGCGGAGCCGGGCGGGAAUGCGCAGUGACGGAGAAGGGAGACCCGACCUGCCUCUGCAUCGAGCAAUGUAAACCCCACAAGAGGCCCGUGUGUGGCAGCAAUGGCAAGACGUACCUGAACCACUGUGAGCUGCACCGCGACGCCUGCCUCACUGGCUCCAAGAUCCAGGUGGAUUACGACGGACACUGUAAAGAGAAGAAGUCUGAGAACCCAGCCGCAAGUCCAGUUGUCUGCUACCAGGCGGACAGGGACGAGCUUCGUCGCCGCGUCAUCCAGUGGCUGGAAGCUGAGAUCAUCCCGGACGGCUGGUUUUCCAAGGGCAGCAACUACAGCGAAGUCCUGGACAAGUACUUCAAGAGCUUUGAUGACGGCGAUUCCCGCCUGGACUCGGCCGAAUUCCUGAAGUUUGUGGAGCAGAACGAGACCGCCGUCAACAUCACCACCUAUGUGGACCAGGAGACCAACAAGCUGCUCAGGGGACUCUGCGUAGAUGCCCUCAUCGAGCUGUCAGAUGAAAACGCCGACUGGAAGCUCAGCUUCAAUGAAUUUCUCAAGUGCCUCAGCCCAUCCUUCAACCCACCAGAGAAAAAGUGUGCCCUGGAAGAUGAAACCUACGAGGACGGAGCAGAGACCCAGGUGGAGUGCAACCGCUGCGUCUGCGCCUGUGGGAACUGGGUGUGCACUGCCAUGACGUGUGAAGGGAAGAACGAGAAGAUGCCUGCUCGGAGACAGCACCCUGAUCAAGACUUGACUGAGGAGGAGCUAGCUAGAUACGUUCAGGAGCUGCAGAAGCAUCAGGAGACGGCCGAGAAGACCAAGAGAAUGAGCACCAAGGAGAUGUGAGGGGCCUCCACACCGGAGGAGCCCGGGAGGAUGGGCCCAACCUGCUUGCCCCGUCCUCCAGUGCUGAGCUCAGUAUGCACAAGUGUCUGCUACAGUUGCCCAGUCACAGAUAUUUACAUUGUAUAGCGAUGGGUUAUUUGUUUUGUAAUACACAGAGAAUGGGGCCAGGAAAGGGGAGCAGAGCCCACCUGUUCAGGGAGCUUCCUUGCUGGGGCUUGGGAAGGCUGGGAGGCAAUCGCAGCAGCCCCUGGGACCCUUUCCCAGAGCAGGCAGCCGCUCCUCCCGGGAGCUAACAGGGAUUUCUUGUUCCCCUGGAGCUGGGGAAAGGACGGAGGUGAGUGCUGGAUAGAAAAGGGGAUCCUCCAUCGAUAAAAGUUGUCAGCGCCGGCCUUGGCUGCAGAAAUACGGGCCCGACGGUUUCAUGGCUGGGUUCUGCGUGCUGCAGGGCAUCAUUAGCCAAGGACCUUGCCCUGCUUCCCCUCCCCUUUGGUUCGAGCUCCUCCAAGCUGCUCAGCCUCGCGUGCCACCUGGGAGUCGUGGUGCCACGCCGCGGGCACGAAUCCAGCACGUUCCUCCUUGCUUUCCACCGGCCUGUCCCCAGCAGCUCCUCCAGGACAUUGUGGGCUCCAACACACGGUUCCUUGCGACCUCAUCUCACUCGUAACUCUCCCUGCCCUCUCUUUAAAGGUGCUAUCAUAUUUUUUAUUUUUUUUUUCUUAUCACGUUCACGUGCUGACUCCCCCUUUUGUUUCGUUUUGUUUUGCUUACUUUAUUUCCUAUGGUAGUAACGCAGCGUUUGUAUGUCUCGUAGCUCUAGAUCUUUCAAGAAAAACCCGGCCUGUGGGGUUUUUGUUAUUGACAGUGCUGUAAUGCCCGUGCACAGUUUGUAUCACACUGCACUCAGCCACCACAAGCAACUUUUGAGCCCUCUCCUACAGGGUAUUUCUCAGUCGGGGACUGCAGUGUCCCUGAUGGGACAAAGAGACAGGGCUGGAUGUAACGAGUUCCACCAGACACAGGCUGACACUGCAGCUCUCUCUGUCUUUUGCUCCCUUGGCUAGCACUGACUGUGCUCAGAGUCCACACUCAGGCUUCCCUAAAUUGCCCAGGGGGAUCUGCUAGGUAGUCUAGCGAGAGAUCACCUCCCUAGCCUCAAGCCCAGCUGAUUUUCUCCUGUUCCAUACAGUUUCACGCCUGAACAUGCUGUGUCCACAUUCCCUUCAUGCCCCUGCUGUGCAUCCCAAGUGGUUGCACGUAUCCGUAUGACUGCCUGUGAUUUCUGUCUUCCCGUUCGUGGGCACCUUCAGCAAUUGUUGCCAAGUGUCUCGCUGUCCCUAAUGGUUACUCGAGCGAAACUCCACUCGCAUCAGAAGUGUGUUCUGCUUGAGAGAAGAUCAGCAGGGCUUGUGUCCCAGCCUUCCCCUUCUGGCACCAUGUUUGCCUUGGAGAGGAAGAAUGAGCUAGCGUAGGAGAAGAAGAAAGCUUGGUCCCUGCUGCAGUCUCAACCUGAGAGCUGUAUUUGUUCCAAGCUGCCUGGUCUUUGAGCUGUUUCCCUGGUGUGCAUCCAGAGGACUUCCACUGACUGACACAGCGCCACGUUUGCAGUGGGAGUCGUAACCUACCCUGCCACGCUUGGAGGCUUUGGUGUAAUAAAUACAAAAGGGCUUGCUCUUAGGGGGUUCUUCUCCCAUGAAGGUCCAGAUGUGAGACGCUAGCAGCUGUGAUGGUGAGGGGAAUGAGCCCCUAGGAGCCGCAGGGCAUGCAGGACAGCACUACUGCUUGUGUCCUGGUGCUUGGUGGAACAGGAGCACCUUUUAGACACCUCCCCACCAGUAUGAGCGAAGCAGCUUCACGUGCUGGGUCUGGAGUCACAGGAACGUGGUUUUAGGAAAUGUUUUGCUUUAUUCUGACCCUGCUCUGAAAGGUAGCUCGUGCCUCCCAGCUGGCUUCCUUCCAGACUGGAUCAUACAAGUGCCUUAGAGAAAACACAACAGCUUGCCUUAAAGGCUCUCCCUGGAUGGGAAGAAGAUCUCAUUGUCCGGUCAGGAAAAUCUCCAGCUGGGAGAAGCAAAGCGUGUGCAGGAAGGGGAGGCUGGUGAUGGCAGAAGGUCUGUAGGCUGCAGUACACAUUCUCAUCUCCUUCCUGUCCCCUGUGGGCAUGCACUCUGCGAGGAUGGCUCCCGGGGCCAGCUGGAGAGUUCUGUGCUGGAAAUUGAGGUUACAAAGCUUGCUCUUGGGCUGAAGGCUGAGGGAUGCGCUGCUCUUUCAGGAAAAAUAAGUUCUCUGACAAGCCAUAUAACACAGCCUCGGGUAGGGGCGCAGGGAACGUGCCCCUACAGAAAGAGCCACCUCCAGUGGAGCUUCUCCCUCCUUGUGCCCUCAAAAAAUUAAACGUACCUGUGGCAAACGGUGCCAGUUCGAAGGGCUGCGGUAACCAAAAGAGAGCAAAACCUCUUGCCUCCCCACUCCGAGGGGAAGGGCACCCACUCGGUGAGCGAUGCCCCACAUCAGGCCUGUGGGUUGCUCGCGUUUGCAGGGUGACUCGGCUGCUGAGGAGGGAAGUGCUGAAUUCCAGGUGUUGCCUUCUAGGACAAAGAGAUUGCAAAGGGCGGGGAAGGCAUUUUGUUUUGUUUUGUUUUGUUUCAAAAAGCCAAAUUUAAGCAAGAAAACAAAGAACUCCCCCCUCCUCCCUCUGUGCUCCCUCCUGUACGUGUGUGAAAUUUAUCAGUAUUCCGUAGGUUUCCUUAGUGCACUUAUUUUACUUGAUUUUGUAAUUUUUUUUUGAAGCAGGGGGGGUUGGAUAUUACUGCCAAAUAAAACAAAA